AUGAGAACUAGGACUCAGAACAGCACAACACAAGUGACAGAAUUCAUCUUAAUUGGCUUCCAACUACCUAGGCCCAUGGAAUUCUUUCUUUUUUCAUUGCUUCUGGUUGUGUUUUUCUUCACCUUAGCUGGAAACCUCAUGAUUAUCACUCUGGUAUGCAUAGACCAAUGCUUGCAAACCUCUAUGUAUUUCUUCCUUUUCAACCUCUCCUUUUUGGAGAUAUUUUUUGUUCUGACAAUCACACCAAAGAUGAUGAUGGAUUUAGUUUCUCAGAACAAAUCUAUCUCUUUCUUGGGCUGCAUCAGUCAAUGCUAUUCUUAUUUCUUCCUGAUUGCCGUAAUGGCCUUUGACCGCUACAUUGCUAUCUGUCAUCCGUUGCGCUACACGAUCAUCAUGAAUGGACGGGUUUGUGUGAAUUUGAUAUUGGUGUGCUGGAUUGGUGCUUUCAUGAAUAAUUUUGGCCCCAUUGUUCUCCUGAGCCAACUAUCCUUCUGCAGCUCUAACGUUAUUGAUCAUUUCUUCUGUGACUAUGCUCCACUGAUAAAGCUUUCUUGCAAUGAUGUAGAUACUCUCCUGACUCUGGAAUCUACCCUCUCUCCUCUAGUGUUACUCAGCUCUUUGUGUGUAACUGUCAUCUCCUAUCUCUACAUAAUUGUGACUGUCUUGAGCAUGCAGAUCAGUGGCAGCCGUGGGAAGACUUUUUCAACCUGUGCCUCUCAUCUAACUGUCGCUUCCAUCUUCUACGGCAGUGCCAUCUUCAUGUACUCUUUGCCCAGCAAGGGUCAUUCUCGGGAUGCCCAGAAAGCUGUGGCAGUUCUAACUGCUGUGGUCACCCCAUUACUGAACCCUUUUAUUUACACUUUGAGGAAUGAGAAGGUCAAAGAUGCUUUCCGAGACUGUUUGCAAAGGCACAAACGUAUUUUGUGA